AUGUCUGACCGCGCGCACCACGACGGCUCUGCCGGCCGCGCCUACACGGUCGAGCAAAAAGCUGCCGUACUGCGGAUAAAAAGAUGCGGGCCGACUGCCUACUAUGAAAUUCUCGGCCUGGAAGAAGUAAAAAAGACAUGUACAGAUAGCGAGAUCAAGAAGGCAUACAGAAAACUCUCGCUCCUCACACAUCCGGACAAGAACGGAUACGCGGGCGCAGACGAAGCAUUCAAACUCGUCAGCAAGGCCUUCCAGGUCCUCAGCGACCCGGAUAAGAAGAGCAAGUUCGACCAGUUCGGAGGCGAUCCUGAUGCGCGCUUCAACCCUGCAUCGGCAAGUGCAGGAGGAGCGUCGCCGUUCAGCGGCUUUGCAGGACAGCGGGGCGGCGGGUUUCAGGAGGAGAUGACGCCAGAAGAGCUGUUUAGGCAGUUCUUUGGCGGUGGAUUCGGUGCGCCGUUCGGCGGUUUCGACACAGGGCCAGGCUUCGUGUUCAACCUCGGCGGCGGACCAGGAGUGAGGGUACAUCAGUUCGGCGGUGGACGACCGCGGAGAAGACCAGGGACUGCGCAGCCCGCAGGGCAGGAACAAACACCAGGUGUUGGUAAUGCGCUGGGGAAUUUGCUGCCACUGCUAUUCCUGUUCGUUUUGCCGCUUCUUUCGUCACUUUUCUCCGGUGGAUCAUCGAGUUCUGGUCCGUCAUUUGCAUUUCAGCGACAGCGCGAGUUCACAUGUCUGCACAAGUCGCAGGGCACAUUUGGCGUCGACUACUAUGUUGCGCCCUCUGUCUGCAGCGAGUACGGCAGCAAUCCCAGGGACAAGAGGUGGAAAGCACUCGACAAUCAUGUCGAGACAUCGUAUGUGCAUGCAGUUGACGUCAAGUGCAACCAAGAGCAGCAUUUACAACAAAGGAAGAUGCAAGACGCGCAAGGGUGGUUUUUUAUCGACGAAGAAGCCAUGGCACAAGCGAAGAAAAUGCCUACGCCCAAUUGCGACCUGCUAGCCAGGCAUGGGCUACGUCAACGAUACUAG